ACUUGUUUUUUUUUUUUUUUAAACGAUUGUUUGUGAACGGUAGUUUGGGCAAAACGGCGCCGUUAACGAACUGCAUUUUUACUGCCUACUGUCGGAGACCAACUACCGCCCGGAUUCCCUCGAAAUGCACCAUCCGGAGCCUGCAGGAGACUCUGGCGGUGUUAGAAAGAUGGCGCAUCCGGUCGUUUUUCACAGAAGGGGCAGCAACACGAGCAGCGGGAGCGGCCCGACGCUGUCAACACCGGCCAACCCGGUGGUCAACAACAGCCACGAUGAUUAUCAGCCCUCCCUGUUGAUUCAGCCUGCUACUGCUGGUUCUUCUUCCCCGGGCCCCCAUCAUCCUCCUCCUCCACCCCACAACCUGAAUCUUCAGCCCCCACAGUCGGCUGGAGCUCAGAUUAAAAAGAAGAGUGGUUUCCAGAUCACCAGUGUGACUCCAGCGCAGGUGUCCGUUAGCACCAAUAACAGUAUUGCAGAGGACACGGAGAGUUACGACGACUUGGACGAGUCUCACACCGAGGAUCUGUCGUCUUCUGAAAUCCUGGAUGCGUCCCUCUCCCGAGCCAACGACGUAGUUGGAGCAGAGAGAAGUUCUUCAGAGGAGACGCUGAAUAACUUCCAUGACGCGGAGACCCCUGGGGCUGUCUCCCCCAACCAGCCUUCGCACCCCCACAACUUGAGCCAGGUGCAGAAACAUGGUGGGACCAUUGUGAACGGGACUGUGCAUCAUCCUCACCAUCUUAACCAUGCCCAGAGCGUCCCUCUGCCCUCUGGGCCUGGUGGCGCCCCAUCUCCCCUUGCUUCUGGAGCUUUAUCUUCUCUCACCCAGAAAAUGCCUUCUAAUGUGGGGGUUCAUCAAGAGAAUGUUUCCCAUGCUGCCCCUCCAAGUAUUGUUUCUCAGCCUGUGGGAAUUGUGGCCCCAGGAUCUGCUCCUGGAAUGCACAGCUCUGCAACAGGCAACACGGUUAGUAUAGCUAAUCCCCAGACCAGCAGUGUUAGUAAGGUGAAUAUGUUGAGCUCUGCCAAUGUGCCUGUUAGGGGGGGAACCAGCACAAGUGCUAGCAGUAGCAGUGGAGGAAGUGGUGGUGGAGCUGUUCCAACUGGGGGUAACCAUAUGCCUACCGCUAAUGUAAACAUGAUCCAGCAACAGCAAAGCAUCAGCUCCAUGACUGCUAUGACUACUGCUGCUGCAGUUGUCAGUGCCUCUGGAGGCGUGGGUGUCCCCAGCGGGAUCCAGGGGAGAGUUGGAUCAGCUGUGCCUGCGAGUGUUCCUGCGACAGCUGUGGCUACAGCCCCUGUAUCAUCUGCUCCUGCUGUGGCUACUACCGGCUCUCGCUUCAGGGUAGUGAAGCUGGACUCCAGCUCUGAGCCCUUCAAGAAGGGCAGAUGGACAUGUGCUGAGUUUUAUGACAAGGAGGCACCAGCCCCUGCUCCUGGCACGUCUACGUCUGAUACGCUGUCCUUUAGUGCACGUCAGUUUGUCCCAGAGAGCUCUGCUGGAGCCGCAGAGAAGGAAAACAUAAGUGGUAGUUCAGUGAGUAGUACAAUGAGCCAUUACAGUGACAUCAUGGGCAGUGGAGAGGCUGGUGGAUCCUCAGUACCCCAGCAUGCCCAGGAUUAUGCGUCCCCUCCUCAGGGCUAUCAAGGAAUCAUUCCCAGUGGCUUAAGUAUGGGAGCAUCUCAACCACAAUCUCACAUGCAAGCCCAGAAGACUACCGGAGCCCCCCAAGCUCCUGCAAACAUCCAUCAGCCUGCACUCAUGACCACCAUUGGUCUCCCCACUCCUGGUCCCCAGCAGCAGCUCACGUAUGCCCAGGCAGUCGCUAACCAACCUUCAGCAGCCUCACAGGGUCUAGCUGGUGUUCAGCAGCAGAAAUUAGGCUAUGCCAGCCUUCCACAGCAGUCAGCUGCUUCCCCUUCAGCACUCCCAGCAGUGAGGCCACCUGAGUACACCCAGCCACAACAAGCUGUUCCCCAAGCUGCUGCCACCCAACCUCCUCCCACCCAAGCUGCCACGGUACCGUCUGGACCGGUUAAUGGAGCCACUCAAAUGAUGGGAGGUCCUCAGCAAUCGCAGGGACUCUUUCACACACAGUUGCCCUCUGGUUUGCCUUCUCACGUUGGCGUAGCAGGUCUUGGUCAUAUGGAUAGUCAGCAGCAGAAGCCACAGUCUCUUCCAACGCAAAUUCAAAACCCAAGCUUGAACAGCCAGCUCCCUGGUGCAGCCCAUCAGAGCCAAGCGGCCGCACUAAGUGUGCCUCCUUCCAACCUUCAGAACGACCAUCAGACCCAGUCCCAAGCUCACAGUGUUGGUGAUGCUGCUCGGAUUCCCCCACAAGGAGUCCCGCAUGGCCAGCCUUCUUCUGUGAGCUUGACCCAGGACCACAGCAGUGCCCAGGCCCUAUCUCAUGCCGCCCAGGCCAGCGCCUUGUAUGCCAGCUUGCCCAGCUUCACCACCACACAGCUGCAGGAUGCCCAGCGGCUGCUCCUCCAGCACCAGUCCGCUUUGUUGGGGCUGCCCAAGGUUUCCAGUGGAGAGGCUGGAUCCAUUACUGGCCAGGGUCAAGAAACUGAGGGCAACACCACCCCCGCCAGUGCCUUAACUGCACCAGCUGGUCUCAAGACUGUAGAUGGCGAGGAGGAUGGCUCGUCGGGAGCCAGCGUGGUGGCCAUAGACAACAAGAUUGAACAGGCAAUGGACCUGGUGAAGAGUCACCUGAUGUACGCAGUUCGUGAGGAGGUGGAGGUCCUGAAGGAGCAGAUCAAGGAGCUGAUAGAGCGAAACUCCCAGCUGGAGCAGGAGAACACUCUGCUGAAGACGCUGGCCAGCCCAGAGCAGAUGGCUCAGUUCCAGGCCCAGGUUCAGACGGGCUCUCCACCUGCCCCUCUGACAGCGGCUCCAACGGGACCUCCGAACCCCGCCGCCCUCGCCCAGCCCGCCUCACACAGCUCUGGCCCCUCAGCGUAGCCUGGUCUACACAAACAGACUGAACUUCUAGUUUUUCAGCUCCGCUGCGGCUGCAGAGCCGAACUUCGCCUUCUACAGCAGGAGGUUACGCUGUCACAAGAUUUUGCACAUAUUUAUCUUUGAAGGAUGCAGACAGCUGUGCUCCGCGACACAGCGAAGAGUGACAAUCUAAACAUGAUGUUUGGGAGGGGGCGGGGCUUUGUUUUCAGAAGAAUCAAACAUUUGCCAAAUAACAUCAGUCAUCAACAAAAAUGUCUCACCAAGAAAAACAGCUCAACAGUGACAAAAGUCUACUUAGCUAAAGAAUUAAAAUAAAAUCACUGUGCCUGUGUUGGAUUUUAGGUGAUAAGCUGAUCAUGAAGCAGCAGCAGGGGGGUGGGGGGGUUGGCUGUUACCUAUUGUGCCGAAUGGUUUAAGUAAAAAUGGUUCUCUGCCGAUGCUUAGGGAGGAAAGAGCCUUCUUCGAAUGUGAGCUCCUAUUAUCACGUCAGUCCCCAUCUGGAAUGGGGGAGUUGGCGGAGGUUAUUUUGAACAUUUUGGCAGCCGUGAUGUUACUUAAACUGCGGGUUGAACAAAAACCUGGUUUCUUACGGAGAUGAUGAGAAUCUAUUUUCAGUAUUUCACUUUCGAAGCUCAUCGCUCGGCCCUUGACGAAGCUCAUUGUUCUCUCCACCCUGCUGUGGCAUGUUGUUUAAAGCUCCUCUGACAGGGUUGGAGCAUUGGGCUAAAGCUGCAUUUUUUGUUUGUUUGUUCCUCCUUCAAGGGCAAAAGAUGAUGUACAUUUCUGUAUAGUGUAAGUACGAUGUAAAAUAGGAGGAGGCGAGAAAAACAGAUGCUAUCUAGGUCACGGAUUGAUGCGGACGAGCAGAACGCGCUGCUGUUUGCUCGGUUUCUGUCGUCCAUCUUUAAUGCUGUAUUUUCAGGACUGGAUGGAAAGGUUAGGUUAUUUAACUGACAACACACACAACAGCUGUUGUCCUGCUCCGUUACCGCAACAUUAACUCUGUAAACUCUUUUCACAUCGCUCGUUUUCUUUAUGAAGUUUGGCACUUUUUUCUUUUCCUUUUUGUUUUUGACAGUGAAUAACUCUGAUCAGAAAA